UGAGUCUGCGCAGGUAGUUUAAGAAGAGCAGAGUCCACGUCUUUCGGGAGUAAACAAAACCUAUUUUAACCUACCGGAAAUGGAUUGGGUUCCUCAGGGACCAUCUCAGUUAUACUUUAUUAUAUUUUAGGAUGACGCCGCAGCUUUUUUCAAAGGAAGUUGCGGAGCACAGCUGUUGUUUGUGACUGAGUAUCGCUCAACGUUUCCUGAUUCAUCUUAUCAGCGUCGAGACUGGGAAUACGUACCGCCGCUCCCUCAUAUAUGUUUCAUUUUGUUGGUGUUGAACUCUGCUCAUCAUUAUGUGUCACUUUUGAUCAUAGGUGCACGCGUGAUCAUGUUGUUCAGUCUGUUCAUACUCCUUCAACUCCUGUCAUGUGGAGAUCUGGCCUGUAUGAGGACCUUACUUUCGAAACAUGAAGGAGCACACGACCAGGAAGUGUUUGUAGAUGAGGGGGACGCAAAUUCGUUCCUGGGUCGCCAUCUACUGUUCAACCGGUUUGACUUUGAGAUGUUCGUUCCUGGAAAUCUUGAAAGGGAGUGCUAUGAAGAAGUCUGCAAUUACGAGGAAGCAAGGGAGGUCUUUGAAAACAUCCCGGAUACGGAAGCUUUUUGGAAGAAAUACACUGCAGAUAAGGACAAAGGCCCAUCGCGCGUUGAUGUGACAUCUCUAUUGGUGGGGCUGAUUGCUGGCGGAGUGGCCAUUGUUUUUGUCGGCCUCCUGAUCUGGUAUUUCUGUCAAGGCAAAUGCAAGGGUGACUUCAGCCGUGCAAACUCCAUCCGGGUACGACCGAGAAGGACUAAUGCUUCUCUAAUAAUGCGACGGCUGGAGGAGGUGUCCUUACAACCUAUACUCCCACCUGCACACCCACCCCCUGUGGAGGAAAUCGACCCGCCAGGGCUGCCUUCCUAUGAGCAGGCAAUCGCUAAAAGUGGACAGCAUGACGCCCCACCUCCUCCCUAUCCUGGCUCAUGACCUGGAAGUACUUGGCGGUAGUAUCUUCAGAACAGCAAAUCAGCCUGUCUGUCAACAUUAAGCAAACAUUUUACAGCUGCUGCUCCUCUUUUGUAAUGUGCCAAACCAAUUUUUUUUUCUUCAUCACAAGAUUUAAAACGGUGCCUUAUGCAUUCUGUUUAUUGCUCUCAUUGAGCUCUCUUCUUCCACUCAUACACGUCUAAUCUUUCUGGUCAGUUUGUGUACCUUUUCCUUAGCAGAAUGCUCUUGUCAAUUUUUUUUGCUACCCUUUCUCAACCUGCUUGUGCCAGAAUGUAGUAUUACAGUAGCCUCUAACUCUUUUUGCCGGUGUGAUUGUGCUUUGUAAUAUAACAACCCUACCCUGUGUUGAAUACACUGUACCCAGUUUGCUACUUUUUGUAUAAAUGCCAAUGAAGAAUCAACAAUGCUUUAGACAUAAAGACAGGAAUAUUUAAGUAGUUGCUUUAGAAACGGCAUGUAUAGAAGGGCUGAUAGCUAGAUUACGAUUAUGUUUUAUUACACGAGUAUUAAUUGCAAUUAAAGUCUCCUUCAGAAUAGUGACAACAAAACUGCUUUUAAUGGCAUAAUGGUUAAUAUUGCUGUAAAGAAAGUGCUUUGAAGUAUUUUUGAUGCGCUGGUCUACCGGCUUAUUUUAAAAUUCACUUUAUACUUUGAGUUGCAUAUCAUCAUCUUUUUACUUUUUAAAAAUAUGCAGAUUUUAUUGCUGCUUUAUAAAGUUCUGCUGUGUUAGGAAAUGUGUGUUGGAGUCAACUAAUAUAACAACUAUAUUCUAAUAUGUAAAGACAUUUUUACUUUCAAUAUCGUACAUUGUGGUUAGUUAUUAAAUGUAUUAUGUAUAUCAAGGCGGAAGCUCUUCAAAGACAGUUUUACAACCUUUUACACUCACAAAGAGAACAUUUUACAAUUAUACAAGACAAUUAUAGAUGUGAUGAAUUUGACCGCUAAAAUGUAAUUCAGCAGUUGUAAAGGUAGUCUAAUAUGUCACUUUGUUUUAAAACUGCAGUUUGAAUGAGCAUUAUACAAGCCUGUUGGAUGCUUAAGAGUUAAGAAGCUAUGUCCCUGUAAAUUACCACUAAGUUUCAUCAUGCGAUUAUGAGAAUGUAUUGAGGGCUAGCUUUGGUGAAGCUGAUCUGAAGCAUACCUACUUGAAAUGUAAAUCUUUUAUAGUUUUAAAUAAAAUGGAUAUUUUAAUUA